AUGGCGCUGUCCAGUCUAUCGACCGGUAUGACCAUGGUGAGUCUGCGACGUAGCUGGGACCUUCACGUAUCUAGUGUCCGAUGGCUCUUUUUCUUUUUUUUUCUCUACCUAUGGCUUUGGACUAGUGCACGUGUAUUGUAUUUGCUUUGGGUAAGCGUCUACCCGAUUGCGACAUCUACUUCCGACUUUUCAUCGUCCUCGUCCAAUGAUGCCGAAGUGAUUUACGAUCGCUACAGUAGCAUGGGGAUUUACACAGUGCUUCAGCUUGAAGAGACGCGUGACGCCUUUGCAACGGCUUUACUGUGUUUUGGAGACGCCGCUCUCUUCGGUGUAGCGCUUUGGAUGUUCCCACUUACAUUUGAAUUAUCAAAUAUCGCAGCCAAGUCUAUGGAUCGAGGUGCUGAAAAAGAGAGAAAACAGAUUCGAUUGUACGCAUGGACCGUACACUCUUUUGUCAUGGUCUUUGCCAUGAUUGAAAUGGCCUUAGCUAUCGUACACAAGGGAUACACACAGUAUACACAGCGUUGUUUACUGUCUGUGUAUUUCGUUCAAUUUUUCAGCUUUCUGUACAUGAUUUGGCUCAUCAUCAGGCUUAAGGUCGGCGGCAGAAAGUAUGAAAAUGUACAGGGACAAUUUGUCACAUCACCAGUCUACCAGCGUCUCAAGCGAAUUAUGAUCGUGUACGCACUUUUUUCACUUCAGUUUCAGUUGGCUUCCGUAGUCAUGUACGCAAUAACAGAUGACGAAGAAAAGUUAUUGGACUUUAUCAGUGUAAGUUUACUCGUUUACCAUCUCUCAGGUUUGGCCCUUGCAGUGACGACCAUGUGCAGCCAAGCUUGCGUACUCAAUAUGUGCAGAUCAUGUCUUCCCGAUGAUAUUGAAGCCCAAAUCCAAACUCGAUUUUUGCAAGGAGGUGAUCUCCUGUCACCAAGAGAUACACAAAUACUCAUGGAGUCAGCUGAACCUCCGCUUGUGAAUCCCGUCUUUGUGUUUACAGACAUUGAGUCAUCUAGUGCAUUGUGGGCUACAGGUGACGGUCUUGUGAUGCAGCGAGCGACUGAAAUUCACGAUAACAUCCUCCGUUCAUCACUUAUGAAGUAUCGAGGAUAUGAAAUUACAACAGCAGGUGACGCUUUUCAACUUGCGUUCCAUACUGUAAGAGAAGCUGUGGAAUAUUGUUUAGAUGUCCAACUUCAAUUGUUAGUUGCCAAUUGGCCGAAGGAAUUACAUGGAAUGUUGCCCGCCACACGAAAACAACGUGCAGGUCAUCGACUUAUUUUUGGAGGACUUCGUGUUCGUAUGGGUAUACACGAUGCUAUUGAAGCAGAUGGUGCUUUGAUCUUAGAUGUACACGCUGUGACGGGUAAAAUGAUUUACACGGGCGCAUCCGAAGUAAUUGCCAAUGAAGUGGGUGAUUUAGGAGAUGGUGGUCAAAUUUUAGUAACAAAACGUGUGGCUGACUGGCUCGUGAUGUAUGAAGAUCUCGUGGCUAUUGACUUUAUUGUUGAUAGAGUCGGCGAGUACUCAAUUCCACAAAUUAAAGCCAAAUUAGAGGUUUAUCAAGUGUUGCCAGAAGUGCUUGCUGGUCGAAAGAAAAUGUUCUCGACAACACUCAAGAAACGUCGAGCUACUACUGCGUCAUCGCUUUACUCUGUUGCAUCAAGCAACCGAUCGCGAUUGUCUAGUAAUGCAGGGCAACUUCCAGUUCCUGAGCAACGACGACGAAUGUCUCGGCCACAACCAUUGGUACCGCCAUCAGAACAUGUACCAGUACAAGGUGGACUUAGUCGCUUUGGACGCGUACAACGAUCAUUCUGGCGGACUGAUAAUGGUUCAUUUUACACGCGUGCGACGAGCAUGUAA